UGUUUUUUCUUUUGCUUCUGUAUCUAUUUUCGUAUCAAGAAGUAUUCCGAGCAGACUUUGAAACCAGUUUUAAAUAGGUUUUACGAUAUAAGUCAUGCUCUUCUUCGAAUUGGAAUUAGUUUUCGCUUUUUCCUCUAUUUUAAUUUCGCUUACACACCAAGAAGACAAUAUUCUGGACUGUUCUAUGAAACCAGGAUGUCAAAGUACUUCUUGUGAUCCUGUACCAACCGGAUGGAAUGAAAUAGGAUUCAACAUGGAAGAGCAUCUCCAAAACAAGGAGUUUCCUAUACUAUGUAAAUCGAGAGACACGGAAAAAUCAGGAAAUGUACUUGCAACUUUGCUUCCAGCAAUAUAUGAUAACAUGAAAGAAAUUAACAAGUUGAAGACUAAAGUAGACGGACUAGAAAAGUCAACUAAGCAAGUUAUAAAAACUGUGGUGGAAUUGAAACAAAAUUCUCAGGGUCCUCAAAAUUUAAAGGAUGAUAAGAUCACACCUACGGUACCAAUGACUCCAAACAUCUGGGACACAACAUUCACACCACACACAGAUGGCUGUGAUCUUGUCUAUCAAAACAUCUGUUAUUUUACUGAUAUUCGUCCAGAUCGUGACAUUGAUUUUUCCAAAGCUUUGAAAAUUUGUGAGAAAAAGAAUUCCGAAGUUGCUCAAAUAUUAAAAGAAACUUAUAAACAAAUGAUGAACAUUUUAAGAACAAAAAUGUCUGAUGAGCGUGAAUAUAUUUUUGUUUGGACUAAUCUCAGAAUAGAUAUAAAAACCCGUGUUCUCACACCUGAAAAUUCGUUUACUCACUGGGCCAACCGCAAACCGGAUACAGGUGGUUCAUACUGGGGAUGGACUAACGUUUAUCUUCGCGUUGAUCGUGAUAGAGAUCAUCCAUAUCAAGGCAUGCUGAAUCAACAUCCUGCAACUCGAACACAUGGCACUGUUUGUCAAAAACAAAUCUAAUGCAACUUGCAUGAUUCGAUCUUGUGUAUGUAUUGUAUAUAUAAGGUUUACAUUGAUGGGCACAUAAUACAUUAACGUAUGUGACGUUAUCGACUAGUUUAGAUAGCAGUUAAAAUAUUUCUCAAAUAACCUCAAAGCAUUUGUGUGACUUCGAAAACAACAUUUCCAAUUCCAACAAAAGAGUUAUUUUUGAGCAUAUAUUCAUGUCAAAAUUUUGUUCAGACGUACUGAAUAAAACAAGGUGUCCAAUUUCCCAGAUGUGUCAAAUUGUCGGUUUCCUCCCACCUUAUCUCCCAUAUUGCGAUUCUAUUUCCAUGUGCUUCUACAGUGGUUAUGUUUAUUUAUUAAAGUAUUGCGAUUGAAUUAGAGUUCCGUCUAGAAUGAUCAGCGUUACAAUUUCUCAUCCUUAUCUGAAUAUUUUAUCUCAAUGAAUAUUGCAUGAAUUUAAAUUUGUUGUUCCUUAACUUAAAAUAUCUGGUUUUGCAAUACGAUAUUGAUUGUCUUAUCCAGCAAACAUGUUCCUAUCCUCAAAAGUUCGAAAUUCUAUUAUGGUGUUGGUUGGUUCUGAAGAAGCUCGAAACGUUUUUCUGGCAUCUCAGAAAUUGUUGUUCAAUUCGAGCAAAGUGUAAGAUUUUGAUAUAGAGUAUGAUUUCCUUUUCUACGGAUACUUACUAUAACGCUUACGUUUGGAUAAUGCUCUACGAUACGGACUUUGGUGAACUCAGAAAACAAUAUUUUUAGAGCUAUCAACUUCUAUUACGUAAUUUUGUCAUUUGAUUUCAUGCGCUGGUGCAUUUGUUGUCGUUAUUAUCUCUGAUCUGAAAAUUACGGGACGAGUUUGAAUAUAUAAGCCGAAAAUAAGAUUCUGAGAAAAAAAGUAAAUUCAAUUCUGCUUUUAUUGAAAUUCAAUAAAAUACUUGGAUGUAUAAUAUGCUGCGAGGUAUGAAUUUCUAGUUUAUGAAUUAAUUGUUUAUUUGAUCAGAAAAUUCAAUGAGAUCUUUGUCAUAUUCCCCACGAUACUCAUUGUGCAUUUGAAUUACUGUAGAAUUGAAGUGAAAAUUCUGUUUUCAAACAAUGCAUAUCUUUGGCUAUAUAAAAUACCAUGCGUAUUAUUCACGAGUUAGAAUUACAACUGUGACUAGAAAGAGAAGGUUGUAUUUUAGACGUGCUCAAAUGUCCGUGCUUUGCUGAGGUUCCUCGAUGUAAUAAAAUAUUUGUGCUCGGAAAAUUCCCUGCGAUAGUUUGGUGAAACUUAGUAGAAAAUUCGAAUCCACAGCGAUCUACUUCUAGAACAGCUACAACACGAAUUUUUGCUGGAAUAAAUUCAAUAUACUUGAGAAUUUAAUUUGAAGUUAAUAGUUAGUGUAUUUGUUAGUGCU